AUGAAGCACCAUAGAAGAAAAGCAGAGCGUCACCGCAUGACCAAGUAUGACGUCGUUCAACGAGUGUAUGAAGUUAGAACAGGUUAUUACGAUGGUAAAGGAGGAAACAAACAUAUCGUUACUGAGCGUACAAGAUCAUGCACUUGUAGUAAGUGGCAAACGUACCACAUGCCAUGUUCUCAUGCAGUCAAGUGCUUUAAGAGAAUGGUCAUAAAUGUAACUGAUUAUGUGGCGGGGGAAUAUAAGGUCGUAAAUUACCUUAAAGCAUAUUCCGGCCACUUCCAUCCCCUUGGUAAUCAAGCUUAUUGGCCAGCCGCGCCGUUUUCUAUGGUUGCGAACAAGGAGCAUAUCCGUAAAUUGGGAAAAAACAAGCUAACCCAUUAUCCCAAUCAAAUGGAUUUUAGAGAAAAGAAUUACUCUCGCAAGUGCUCGACAUGUAAGCAAUUUGGGCAUGAUAAGCGUUCAUGUGGGCAAAACUCCCGUGGUUGCAGCACAUCUGGAACUAGAAGAGUGUCUAGAACUUGA